AACUGGUUGACAAGGUUCAUGGUUUAGCUCACGGCUUAACUGCUGUCCAGAAUAAACCGCAAUGCCUAGGAGAUAACACGUUGGCUAGACAAAGAAUAAUAACAGUAAUACUUUUAACACGAGUGGAGUCAGAACGACGCAGGAGACUAAAUUAAGUUUGUGAUGUUUGAACAUUUGAAAUCAGAUUUUAAGCAAAAAUGGUGGCAGUACUUGGCGGCGUCAUUGGCCAGUUAUGGAAGCUUGUGUACUGGAAUGUCAAUGGGGUGGACAUCUCCCGUGUUCCCACAGCUCAGAUCAGACAACUCACCGCUGCCUCGACCGCCUACCCUCAGUGAAGAGAACUGGAUUGGAUCUCUCUUAGUUCUCGGUGGACUUCUUGGUCCGCUUAUAACGGUGCCACUUUCAAAACACAUCGGUCGGAGAUGGAUUAUAAUGGGGUCAAACAUUCCACUUCUGUUGGGCUGGCUUUUGGCCGGAGUUGCUACAGAUUUAUCGACAAUGUACGCAGCACGAGUUAUGUGGGGCUGCGCUACAGGGAUGCAGUUUGCAAUGGUACCAUUGUAUAUUGGGGAGAUUGCUGAAGACAAAAACCGGGGCGCAUUGAGUGCAUUAUUUCUUCUCUUCAUCAAUGUCGGCUUCUUGUUGGCGUAUGCUAUCGGGCCCUUCACAUCCUACUGGGGUCUCAACACUGUGGGGGGUAUUCUAUCUCUGCUGUACGUACCUUUCACCUGGCUCAUACCGGAGACACCAUUCUUCUUGGCUUAUAAAGGUCGAACCGAAGAAGCAUCAAAAGUCCUGCAGAAACUAAGAGGUCUUUCAAGGGAUGCUGUCCAGCCAGAGUUGGAAGGUUUGCGGGUGAUGAUAGCUCGAGAGUUCAAGACGGAACCCAGUAUUAAAGAUCUUUGGGCAACGCGAGGAAACCUUAAAGCAUUGGGUAUAUGUGUUUUUCUUGCAAUGUUGCUCCAACUUUCUGGGAUAGACGUCCUUUUGUUUUAUAUGGAGGAGCUGCUUGUUAAGGUGGGGGCUAGGAUUACUGCCUCGAAUGGUACCAUAGUCAUGGGCGUUGUUCAGGUGGUAACCAGUUUUGUAACCCCGCUAGUAGUGGACAGACUCGGCAGGAAACUCCUCAUGUGGACGACCUCACUUGGACUCACUUUGUUUUUGGGUUUCAUAGGAGUAUACGCUCUUCUGGACUCGUAUUUCAAGUACAACGUGGCACCUUAUGCCUUCAUUCCCCUGUUAUGUUUGAUUGUGUACAUGAUACUGUUUACUCUUGGCGUUGGUCCAGUUCCAUGGAUUCUGGUAGCAGAAAUGUUCCCAGUUCGCACCAAGUGCAUGGCGAGUGGUAUCGCUUCCUUUUGUUGCUGGCUGGCAGGCUUUGUGUGGACGCGAUUUUUCCGUGACGUAGCGGCAUCUUACGGAAUUUACACUGCGUUUUGGAUACUAGCUAUAUGCUGCGGGUUCGGAUUCAUAUUCUCAAUAAGUCCACUUUUACCCGAAACCAAGGGGAAGACCUUCGAUGAAAUACAGGAAAUGUUGAACAAAGGGUCAAAGGAGGUUAAACCAGUAGAUGUCUAGAAAUAGAGAAUAUUUCUAGGUAUAUUAUAUUGUAUAUAGUCAA